AUGCAGUUUCAUGGGAUGUUUUUACAUGACAUCUUCGCCAAAUCCAGCACUGCCUACAACCCUGUCAUCUACGCCUUCAUGAGCAGAAAGUUUCGCAGGUGCAUGUUACAGAUGCUGUGUUCUCGUCUGGCCACUCUGCAGCACAGCAUUAAGGACCGUCCCCUCGCCCGCAUCGAACGUCCUGUACGCCCUAUUGUGAUGUCACAUAGCCGUCCUGACCGACCCAAAAAGAGAGUGACCUUCAACUCUUCCUCCAUCGUAUUCAUCAUCGCAAGCAAUGACACUCAUCCUCUGGAUAUUACCUCCAAAUUCAAUGACGAACCAGACACCAAUGUAAUUCAAGUUCGACCGCUUUGACACUUGCCACUUGUGACAUUGAAGAACGACGGUGGAGUUCAUUAACAUCACACUAAUUUAAUGUUUAUAAUAAGGAUACAGAAACAUCUUUUUUUAUACAUGAAUAUGGAAAAUAUGGAUUUUUUUGAAUUGUUGCAGCAGUAAUGCAACAUAAACUGACUUUCUUUGUGUUCCCAAUCAAGAUUUGUGUGAAUUGUCAACUGUAACUGCUGUAAGUAUUUCAUGGAAAUGACUUGGAGUUGUUUUUGAUCAAUUGUGUUCCUUCUCCAUCUUUUCGGACACUGAAACUUCCAGCUUCACCCAUGCAGUUUCAUGGGAUGGUGAGAUAUCCACAGCUUAGAUUGCUCAGUCCGUGAGUAGAAUACAUUAGUGAGUGUGCUCAGAUAGAUCAGCAGCACAGUGUUAGUACAAGGACUCUUCUAGAACGGGACAUUUGUCAAAGGCUGCAGCACCUUGUACAUAAAGUCAGUCAGGUCCACAGCGCUCCCUGGAGGAAGCAAAGUGUGUGUCCUAUUUGAAAAACAAGCCAAACAUCACUAUUUCUACUGCUCAGUAUUUAGAUUAGGGCAUUGAACAAACCCCUAAAUAUUAAACUUUGGUGUGUUUACCUCAAAUUGCGUUGCUUCUUGAGAAGAGCUGUGUUUACCCUUUUCUAUUAUAGAGAAUAUACU